AUGGAAGGCCAAGACGCUUCCAGAGACAGACGUCACUCGCCUCCAUCCGACUCUUCUUCAGCUAAUCCGGGCAGAGUGACGGACAACUCUUAUGCUGCUUAUGAGGAUCGCGCUAGAUUUACUGAAAGAUACACCAUGGGACGACGGCCUGCGACAUCCGCUCAGAGUUUCACGCCGCGAUCUCUCAUCGUCGGCCUACUUAUCGGCGCCCUCAUCACCUUCUCGAACACCUACUUUGGGCUGCAGACGGGCUGGAUAAGCACGAUGGCUAUGCCCUCGGCCUUGAUAGGAUUCUCCGUCUUUAAGGUUUUGUCCAAGCAUCUGUCCUUCCCGUUUACCCCCAUUGAAAAUGUUCUUAUCCAAACCGUGGCGGGCGCGGUGGGAACGAUGCCGUUAGGAUGUGGCUUCGUCGGCGUGAUUCCCGCACUGGAAUUUCUUUUGAUGGAUGGCGAAGAUGGACCGGCAGGAGAUGGAGGAGAAGGCGAAGGCGGCCCACUGAAACUCAGCUUCUGGAAACUAUGCAUCUGGGGUCUCGGUGUUUGUCUGUUCGGGGUUGUGUUUGCCGUCCCUCUGCGGAAGGAGGUGAUCAUCAGGGAGAAACUGAAGUUCCCGAGUGGCACGGCGUCGGCACUGAUGCUUCGAGUGUUGCAUGGGAAGGGGCAGUGGGAAGAGAAAGCGAAAGAUAAUACCAAUUAUCCCAGAAGAGUUGCUCACGAGGAUACGGAGGACGAGACGCCCUCCACGUCUCUUGAAUACGCCGAGAGGGGCCCGCUGUUGCUCAGGAAGGAUGAUACGGAGAGGCAAGCUGACAGGAUUAGGGAUUGGAGGUCGAAAAUGCGUCUUCUUAUAGGCGCCUUUGUGGUUUCUGGUGUUUAUACACUCUUUUCCUACUUCGUUCCCCAAGUUCGUGACCUGCCUAUCCUUGGCCUUACCCUCGCCAGCAAUUGGCUGUGGACGCUCAACCCAUCUCCCGCAUACAUCGGCCAGGGCAUCAUCAUGGGGCCUUCGACCUGUAUGCAUAUGCUCUUUGGAGCCGUGCUGGGCUGGGGAAUCCUGUCUCCUCUAGCAAAAGCGCGCGGGUGGGCUCCUGGCCCAGUAAGCGACUGGGAAAAUGGCAGCAAAGGGUGGAUUGCAUGGAUCUCCCUGGCUAUCAUGUUGGCCGAUUCUAUCGUCAGCCUUAGCUGGCUUGUGCUGAGGCCACUGGUGGACCAUGCGCACAUAUUAAAAGCAAAAACCCUUUCCAGCCGGGUUGGGAAAUGGAUUUCAUCCAAAUCCAAUCAUUCUUAUAUUGACUACUCCACCCUGAAUAGUAUACCUGACUCGACCUCAAGCCGCACUCACCAUCACUCUCAUCGCGAAGAUGAAGAUGCGCCGCCAUCUCAGCUAAUAUCUUCACGGACAGUGCUUAUUCUACUUCCACUGACUCUGAUCCUAAACGUCGUCUGCAUGCAGAUAGUAUUUGGGGACAUUGUGUCUCCGCUGCUUUCCAGUUUCGCCACACUACUUGCAGUUCUCCUAUCAGUAAUGGGCGUCCGCGCCCUGGGAGAAACAGAUCUCAACCCAGUCUCGGGAAUUAGUAAAUUGACACAGCUCCUCUUUUCCCUCGCAACCCCCUCUUCGAAUUUCUCUCGACGGACAGCAGUCGUGACCAAUCUCCUCGCAGGCGCGGUUUCAGAAUCCGGCGCCCUCCAAGCAGGAGAUAUGAUGCAAGACUUGAAGACGGGCCAUCUUCUAGGCGCCAGUCCGAAAGCCCAAUUUUACGGCCAAAUAAUCGGGAGCUUAGUCGGUGCUGUUCUCUCAACAGCCGUGUACAAGAUGUACGUGAACGUCUACGAGGUGCCGGGACCCAUGUUCCAGACUCCGACGGCAUACCUGUGGAUAUUCACGGCCCGUCUCGUUACGGGACAGGGUCUACCCAAAAUGGCAUGGCAAGCCUCGUUGAUCGCAGGUUCUAUCUUCGCUGCGAUGACAGUGCUUCGCAUCAUUGCCGCUUCCUCGAUCGCUAACGGUGGCCGACAAGGCGUGUCGGCUCCCUGGCGAGCGCUCGUCCCCGGCGGCAUCGCUGUGGCAGUGGGCAUGUUCAAUGUCCCAUCUUUCACCUUGGCGAGAGCUAUCGGCGGUCUUAUCGCGUGGUCGUGGAAUCGGAGACAUGCUCAUGCUUCGAAACUAGCAGCUCUUAACGACAGCACCACCAGCAAUGUCAAUAUCGACGGGAAUAUUAUACCCGACAGUGAUAGUGAUGUGCAAAGGCAUAUUGACUCCAAUGACGUCGAUUCUGGUAACGAAGCAUCUGUCACUGUGUCUCAGGAUCAACAUCACCAGCUACAAAAACAACAACAAGCAGACGAAGCCUCCUCGACCGUCGUCGUGUUGGCUUCCGGUCUAGUCCUGGGCGAGGGUAUACUUAGUAUAGUCAACCUCGUUCUUGCCAGUGUAGGGGUACCUCAUCUGUAG